AUGGGCUAUUACGCUUCGGGCCUGCUUGUCUCUUCGACUUCCCUCGCCACCGUCAUCGGACUCUAUCUUCUCUUCACAGGUCAAGGAGAGUCAUUCAACGUUGGUAAAUUCCUCGCAGAGUCUAGUCCAUAUGCGUGGGCUCUCACAGGUAUCGGACUCUGUAUCGGUUUGAGCGUGACAGGCGCUGCGUGGGGUAUCUUUGUCACUGGUGCUUCGAUCUUGGGUGGUGGUAUCAGAGCACCCAGAAUCAGUACUAAGAAUCUUAUCUCCAUCAUUUUCUGUGAAGUCGUGGCCAUCUACGGUGUUAUCAUUGCGAUCAUAUACUCCUCUCGAGUUAACGGAGAUGUCGAGAACCUUUAUACUGCCAAUAACUACUAUACCGGAUUUGCCUUGUUCUGGGGUGGUCUUACCGUCGGUAUCUGCAACUUGCUCUGUGGUAUCUCAGUCGGUAUCACCGGUUCUACUGCUGCUCUUGCCGAUGCAGCAGAUCCACAACUCUUCGUCAAAAUCCUUAUCGUAGAGAUCUUUGGAUCCGUCCUUGGUCUUUUCGGUCUUAUUGUCGGUUUGCUCGUAUCCGGUAAAGCUGAAGACUUCGCAUAA